AUGGAAUGCAGUAACCCUUUUGAUUGUUUUGAGCCUGUGGUGUGCAGUGGGAACGGCCGAAGCCAAGCGACCGAAAAGGUGCUGGCUACGGAUCCCAAGGCCAAAGGCAAGAAAGGGAAGGCCGGGAAGCAAGGAAAAGGAAAAGGGAACAACAAUGAUCUGACAAGUCUGGAUCAGCUCCCGCAGCGUUGGUGGACUGAGUCGCCAAACUGCAAAGGGGGGUACCAGUACCAGACAGAGGUCAAAGUGCUGGAUAGGUAUGUCGGAUGCUUAUUGGAUGGCUGCGCAGGGUGUAAUUCAAUCACCGAGGAAGUAGUGAUGGGAGCCAUCCGAGCAGCUUUGCAGCAAGGGAUCGGGCCGGACAGUGAAAAGUUUCCGGUGGCCCAAUUAGAAAGAUGGCCGCAAGAAGAAGUCGUGAUGCGCGUUCAGAUGCCUGACGUGAACGGCCAAAAGGUCGAAGAGAUCCUCGUACGGGCAAAGGUAAUCGGCAAAGGGUUGUCGACAUGGCAAGGCCUGAUCCUCGGCGGCCGGGCGCUGGACGCGGUGGAGCGCGGCGGACUGGGUUUUAGGCCAGCAGCGUCGCGCCAUGUGUUUGACGGCUUGGGAGUGAAAUUGCUUAGAAAGGAGGAGAUGGAGCCGUUUCCAGACCGUGCCUAUCCAAAGACCCUGUUCGAUCAGGCAUGGGAUCUGGACGAAGAAAGUGACGAGGUCAAGAUGGAAGGCGAAGUGUUCGUCAGUGAAGAGGACCUCGUGAUGGAGCCGAUGACAGGGGACUGGAUCAGAGUAUACGUGGCUGCUCAGGACACAGAGAUCGUCAUCUCCAAAGGGGAUCCACUCUGCGUAGGCCUCAUGGAGUUCUUGACGGCAGGGGUUGCGGCCGAAGGGGCUUUGGACCUCAUGGCGGAGGAGAGUCCAACGGACGAGUACUAUCAUCUCUUACGGGAGGAUAUGGAGAAAAGGUAUCCGGAAGCCUCAAUCCAUCUGUUGGACCACCUGGAGUCCUUCCUAGAUCGGAGUAUCAUCGCAGGGAUGACGUUUGGCAUAGACAAGGCAAGCGUCGCUGUUUUGGAGGGCGA